AUGCUGAAGCCCGUUCAAUAUGUGAAGCUUGCGCAAUCGCUGCCACCGCAGCUGCAGAGAUUUUUCGCCCGCUAUCCACCUCAAGCCAUUCUCCCGCAGGCCAACGCUGUGAACACAACUUCAGAUGCGGCGACAUCAGAAGCUGUUAGCAAGGCUACCUUGAAGACCGAGGAAACUUUGGAUCAACCUACACACCCAGCAAUUACAGAGGCGACAUCGCCAUUCAGGCCUCACAAGCACCCAGUCACUGGGAAGUGGCAUGAUCCAGUGUUUUCUCUGAGACGACAAGCGGAUUUGUGUAAACUUGCAAGGCAACAUGGAGUGGAGGAACUUUUACCUCUUUCUGUGAAGAGCACAGAGGAGAAAUUGCGCAAGAGGAUGGAGAAUGGACUGAGGGUAAAGGGUACCGGUGUUGGACAGAGAGUCAAGGGAAAGGAAUCCGAGAGAACAUUGAAGUCAAGAUUGGAGAAGAGAAGAAAGGCUAUGUUGGAGAUGCCACAGAUGAUACAGACAUGGAAAGAGAGAGGUCAUGGUCGUGGAUGGAAGAAGUGGCCAAAAUAG